AUGAGUUUCUUGAGCAUCGGUACAGCAGCGAUGCUCCACCUCGCCCCACACCACGUGGCUGCUGGUGCUAGCUACGUAGGGCUCGACCAGAAUGCGGUUCACGGCAUGCACCAGCACGUCAAUCAUUGGGCGCAGCGCUCUGGGCUAGAUGCCCACCUCCAACGAGCAGGGCAGUGGGUAGCUGGAGUCGGCCAUGACAUGCACAGAGUUGGAGCUGAUUUUGCAGACCAUUCUGGACUUGAUCAGCACAUGCAGCGUGCUGGGGAUUGGGCGCGGGAAGUACAUCAGCAAUUGAUGGGACAGGACCAGAUCCUCUCGCCGUAUGACUGCACGACAGCUGAUAUUCCGGAAUGGUCACGCGCACACAAAGAGUGGUGCUGCGAGCACCAAGACACCGCGUGUGCGGAAGCCUCCACAACUGCGUCGACAAGCCCGUCACCGCAGCAUUACAUGUGGAUCUCCGUUCCUCUGCACAAGGGGAAGUAUGACUGCGCAGCUGGCAUCGACAACUGGCUGAAAGGUUGGUCGCAUGGCAAACAGAACUGGUGCUGUCAGAACAAAGGCAUCGGCUGCUUGCACGAGGUUAGUCGCCCCUUUGACUGUCUGAAGGGCACCGCCAGUCGCUGGCCAGCGCAGAAAACCGUCUGGUGCUGUCUCCACGAAAACCGUGGAUGUCCAAUGCAGGGAGCUUCUCAGGUUCAAAAGUUUGAUUGCGACAAUGGCUUAUCGAAUUGGGCAGUCGGAUGGUCUACAGCGAAGCAGGAAUGGUGUUGUGUACAUCAUGGGCGAGGUUGCACGCAGCCUGCAGUGGAGCAAAGCAGCUUCGAUUGCUCCACUGACCUGUACCACUGGCACCAACGGUGGUCAGCUGAGAAGAAGGCUUGGUGCUGCGAAGCCUACAGUUUGGGGUGCCAUUCGGACCAAGAGAUGUACGACUGUGAUGCAGGGUAUGCGAACUGGAGAGCGGGCUGGCCUGGAAGCAAGAAGGCCUGGUGCUGUGCCCACGCCUCUCGAGGUUGUCUCUACGACUGCGAGGCCUCGCAACAAGCCUGGUCAUCCUCAAGGCGUGCAUGGUGUUGCUGGCACCAACAGCAAGGUUGCAGCCCGGAAGAUGGAUACUUCACUGCCGCAAGGCCUACUGCAGAGGAGGACGUUCGCGAUGUACACUACACCGUCAGUGCCAAGUUCGACUGCAGCGCAGGCUACGCCAACUGGCAGGCGGGAUGGUCAAUUGAGAAAAAGGCUUGGUGCUGUCAACACCAAGCAAAAGGCUGCUCCGACGGGCGGUGA